AAAGAACCGGAAGCCGUGAACCCUCGUUUGGACAGUGGCCCCUCCCUCCUGCUCCUCAGCAUCACCGCAUCAUCCACCGCCGUCCUCCCCCCAUCUCUGGACCACAGACUGACCCCAUAGAGAGGCUGUAACCCGGGCCGGACCAUGGACGACGUCCCUCCGAUCAUCACGAUCUCCAUCUCCCUGAAGAUCCAGCCCAACGAGGGGCCCGUCUUCUUCAAGGUGGACGGGACCCGCUUCGGCCAGAGCCGGACCAUCAAGCUGCUCACAGGCUCUAAAUAUAAGAUCGAGGUGGUGGUGAAGCCUGGAAACGUCGAGGCCACGUAAGAAGAAACUCGUUUAUAACCAUGUUUUUUAAAUUAUUUUCUCCAUGUUUGGGUCACACGCUGCGGCACAGAGCGAGAAUUUCCUCAUAUUUCAAUUAAAUAUGAAAAUAACUGGAUAUUUAAGCUCCCAUUGACAUGUGUUAAUCCCGUUUAUUAGGAGAAAAUGAGGCAGUAUAACCCGUACCUGUGUCUGCUCCGCGGCCUCGUGCAGGCCUGCAGCGUCUGAUAUCCACCUGAAUAAAUGAUGACCGGUGGAAGGGGAGCGUUGUUUUUUUCAUCGCUGAGGGUGUCAGGGAGCGUCGCUUGUCCCCCUAUUGAAUAGAAACAAACACAGUGCAUGUUUGAUCUGGAGGUGCUAUGAGUGGCAUCAGGUUUAGCAGGGUGGAGUCCAACUUAUCGCACAGCCUCCAAAGAUCCAUUCACAGAGGAUUAAACAACGCUGGAGAGGGUGAGAUGUGAAUUUAGAUUAUUUAACAUGUCUUGCUCUGGUUAAAAACAGCAAUAUCUUAAAGAAAGGCGAGAAAAAAUCACUACAAUUCGUAUAAAACGUAAAAAAAAGGCAUUAAUAAACGUCAAAAUGAGCUGUAACCGUAAAAUUAAAAAUUUACACAGAGAAAGAUUAUUAGCGUGGCUUAUUAUGUUAGCAUGUUGUUAUCAUUAUUUAUCUUUUGCACUGAGCUCAUAAUCUUUUGUAGCCUAGUAAAUAUCUAUUUCACAAAUCUGCAAACAGAAAGUAGCUUUGCACACAAAAUAGAACUAUCUUGUGGAAAAAAUGAAGAAUCUUGUGCACCCAAGAAAUUAUCUUGUGUGCAGUGGCUAUUAUCUCGUUCAGUUCAGAGAAUGACUUUUUCACAACUGUCAUCUUGUGCAUUCACUCAAAGAGAGUAUCUUGUGCUUAGACGUUUAAACUAGGGAAUUACUUUAUUUACUUUCAACAUUAUGAUUAUUAUGUUGAAACAAAUUGGCUUCUUCAGUAAAGGAAUAAUCUUGUUCACUCAGUUACAUAUCCUGUGCACAGAGGCUAUCAUGUGCAAAUUGGAAAGUAACCUGUAUGCACAUUGUUAUUAUCUUGUGAAAGUAGUACAAUAUAAUUAAUAUAUAAAUUAAAAUGAUCAAUUUAUAAUCUUGCACACCUAAUUAAAUGCCAUGUGUGCACAAGCUAUUAUUUUGAGCACUGAAGGAAUGGUCUUGUGCACUGAAGAACUGUGCAAAAUUCAUUUUGUUCAAUUUAGAAAAUAUCAUGAACUUACAAAAUAAUUAUACUGUGGAAACAAUUUGUAAUCAUGUAAACAUGUAUAAUCUUGUGCACCCAAGAAACUAUCUUGUUCACAGACAUAAUGACCGUUUUUCAAACAAAAUUGCAAAUUGUGAGUAUCUUAUAGAAAAAAAACUUUUCUUUUUCACUCAACUUAUAGUCUCUUGCACCUUAGAAAAUAUCUUGUGCACUGCCGUUAUCUUGUGCAAUAAAUAAGUUAUAUUUUCUCUAAUUAUUUUUUGGUAAUAACUUGUAGUUCUAUUAUCUCGUACAUCCAAGAAAACAGCUUGUGCCCAGAAGUCAUUAUCUUGUGCAACAAAAAAAGCAUCUUGUACCCACAUUUUGAUGAUCUUAUAGGGGCUCGUUAAAAUGUUACAGCAGUUAAACCUGAACCAGUCUGACUCUCAGCUCUUAUCAUGGCCCACACUCAAAGACCCCUGGGCCACUUCAUUCAGGACCCUUCCUGAUCUGAAUAGGCUCCUAAUGGACUCUGUAACCGCAGGGCAACAUGUUUCAGCCAUCAAAGCGUGUUUCACUGCUGCAGGCUGUAUCCCAAAACACAUUAGAACAGAGUACAGGUUUAAAAAGCUCUUCUACAAAUCUCUUCCUCACAGCACCAUGAACAUUGGGGGUAUCAUCUUCCCUCUGGAGCAGCAGUCCAGAGACGAGGAGUCGGUGGUUUAUCAUGCUCAGUAUGACACAGAGGGUGUCCCGCAUACCAAGAGCGGAGACCGGCAACCUGUCCAAGUCAGCAUGGAGGUAAGACGAUAGUAAGAGUAAAGUAAACAGGUGAAUCAUACUCAACUUUUAAAGACCUCUGAACCGUCAGUGGGAUUAUUUUUUUCAUCUGGAAAACCUGAGGAAUACAAAAAGGUACAUGCAGUGCACAGAUAAUCCACUAAGGGGCAGAAGGCAUGCACAGAGUACUCUUUCAUGACACACAUGCAAAAGAGGGUGUUAAAAACAAAGUUCAUAUAGAGGAAAAACAGGAGAACUGCUGCUGAUACUCUUAUAUCAGCACAAAUCAACCUUUCUUCAUUUAACUUAUUUAGUAUUAGAAUUAAAUUUCUUAUCAUCACAAUAGGAGGAUUUAGCCAAUCAUUAUAUUAUAUCAUCAGCAAAGUAGCCCUUACAGAUAAUUAAACUUUUGAAAGGUUUAAAUGGAAUAUGUAGUUAAAACUUCUGUAUUUGUUGAUGUACAAAUGCUCACAAAUUUUUCUCAUAAUUUACUUUUUGCCUUACAUUUACAAUUUGAUCUUAAUGAUUUUUGAGUUUAUUCUCCUAAUGCAUGAUGUGAAUAUUCUCAGUUUAGACUUUUUCUUACAGAUGUAUUACUUUUAUUCACGACAGUUUAUGAUGUGUGUUCCUGUAAAUUCCUGUGAAUUAAAUUUCAGACUUUAUUCUUAAUAUUUGUCCUGUUAUAAAGCCUCAGUUAUCUUUGAAUGAAAUAAAUCUCAGUUAAAUUAAAGGUGAUAAAAAACAAACCCAUGUCUGCAAUGAGAUGUCUAAUGCUAUUUUUAGAGUAUAAAGACUGCCCAUAUAAUCACUCCUGAUUUGCUUUAAAUUAUUUAAUGGUUUAGGUCUUAUAGUUUAAAUGAUGAAAUAUCAGAUGCAGGACUUUGGGCCUGCAGCAGCAGCUGAAAGCUUGGUUCAAUUUUCAGUCUGUCAGAUCCUGUAAAAACAGAGCGCUAACUUUACCCGCAGUUUUUGGUGACGCUGAUCCUCCUUCUGUGCAGUUUAACAAAGCUGGGACGUUUGAGACGGUCUGGCAGGCGAAGUACUACAACUACUACAAGAGGGAGCACUGCCAGUUCGGCAACAAAUUCACCAGCAUCGAGUACGAAUGCAAGCCCAAUGAGACGAGGACCCUCAUGUGGAUCAACAAGGAGGCGUUCAACUGAGUCAAACGGUCCUUCAAAAGUCCGCAUAACAAACACAGAGGACAUGUCAGGACUUUGUUUAAACAUCAGCACCACAGAAAAAAAGGACAGUCGUGUCUUACAGGCAGCAUCAAUCAGAGAGGGUCUGGUAUUUGUGUUUUUUCAAGAAAAUGAGGAGUGAAAAAAGCUGUUUGCUAUGCUGGUCUUUCAGGAGGUUUGUUUUAAAGCUACACUCAGCAACACUCUGCUUUUUGGCAGCUUCACAUGACAGCAGAAAGGCAAAAGUUUGAAACAUUAAUAAUGCUCAGAAAUCCUAUGCAGUGAGGGAGGAUAACUGCACAAACUGGGCUCAUUUAAGAUGUUUUCUAGAGGGGACAAGAGAAGAAGAAGAUCUGAGGCUUUCAAGUGCAGCUCCGCUCCAAAGGGAUCACUUUUAUCGCUGUUUUUUGCUCUAGAGUCUCAAUCCUCUCUCUCUCUGUGUGGGUGGGUUUCCAGUCAGUUAUCAAACGUCAGGAGAAGCUGGAGUUGCCGAGUGAAGCUUUAAAGCCGGGAUGCAAAGGAACAAAGGGACAUUUUGUGGAAUCGUUUACCAUCUUUCUCAAAAUUAGAAGGAAGAUUGAUGUGAAUUUUAUCUCAGUGCCUCUAAUUUGAAAAUAAAAGAUUGAAGAUUCAUGUAGGUAUGGAUCAACCAGGUGUCUGCAGAAAAACAGUCUGUAUGGAGGGCAAAAGCAGGCGGGACUCAUCCUGGCUCAUAUCAGCAGCAAUCUGAGAAAACAGAUGUCAAACAUUCACACUCAAAACACUCAUCUUAUGCUGUGUCACUAAAGACAAUCAGCAUCAAGAUUUUCCUGACUUCCCUGAACGCAUCGGAAUUUAUGACCUGACCCCCAUUCAAAUUACAUUUUAAAAGGUGUUUUCUUCUUUUGAGGCCAGACCUGUUAAAGCCUGACCUUUCCCUCUUUAUUUAUCUGCAUAAAGAUAUUGUUAAAUCAGUUUCUUUUCAAUGUUCAUACUGCUGAAGUUAGCCAUAGUGAAGCCUCUGUUUUACUUACUAUUUACAACGAAACUGAGACUAACCACCAAUGAUGUUAUUUCUGACAAUUUGCCCCUAUAAAAUUUGAGAAAAAUUACAAGAAUAGUUUUGUUUUUUCAAGUCCAUAUUGCCAAAGUUAGCCAGAGUAAGGCCUCUUUGUAAUUUACUAUUUACAGUGAAACUGAGACUCACCACAACCAAAUAAAUGGUAUUGUGAGGGGUGUAAUUAGCAAUGUGAUUCUCAAAGAAAGGCAUGAAUUGAAGCUCAUACCAAUCUCAUCACAGAAAUGAUAUUCUCAAAAUGUCCUCACUGUUCCUCUGAAGCAGGGUUAAAACUAUGAGCAAUAUGUUGCAGCACAAAGGCAGGAUGGAGCAACUUAGCAGCUAGCACAAUGUUAGCUCAAGACCAGGAUGGAAGACACCUGUUGAUGUAAGAAGUGUUUGACCUUAUUUAUCAAUGUGUGAAUGUGACUGUGAGAAAAGAAGGGGAGUGAGUGUAUUGUUGGUAUAGGUUUGACUAUUUAAAUGUGUUAUUUAUUGUCAUUUAUCAAUUUGCAAACAGGUAGCAGUGAAGGAAUGUUACAUUUCUGUUUGGGGUACAGGAACUGACUAUUCUGUUUGUCCUUUUGAUGUUUGGUCAUUUUUACAUCAAGUUUAAAUAAUUAUCAACUAAAAAAUCUUAACAAAUGCAUAAGUCUUAAGUGGGCAUUCAUCUAUUCUUCUAUCUGCUUUGUUUCCUUUGAUAAUGUGUUAUUUUUUACACAACUGUUUUUUUUCGAUUUCGACAUGGCAAAGCUUUUUCUCUGAUGAUAACAGGGUUUCUGACCAUUAAGAAAUGAAAUGAUAGUCUAGUCUUUGCGAUAGGCCAGACCAGGACAUGCCAUGCCGUUAUCAGCCACACUUAUGUGGUACGUUAAGACUAUGUCAGUGUCUGUUGAGCUUUAAAACUCUGGGGAUAUGAGUGAAAGCUUCAAAACAAGAUCUCCAGGACAUCACCUCAAUGAAACUAUCACAGAAGAACAGUAAAUAAAUUCAAAGGGUCCAUGUUCACAUAGUUCAAAAAUAGAAGUGUCAGGGUCAGCACGUUGAAAGCAUUGACUGUUUCAUCAAAUGAUAAACAGUCUCUUUCAAAACAGUAAAGCCCUCUGACUUUUCUUUUUCUGACUUUGAGGUCAAAAUUCUUUGAUGUGCUUCUAUCCCAGAGUUCUAACUUUAAUCUCAGAGUUCCGACUUAAAUGCUAGAAUUCUGACUUUUAACCUUUCUGUCAGAAUUCUGACAUUAAUAUUAGAAUUUGGACACAAAUACCUGAAUACCAAAAUGUCAAAAUUCUGGCUGUAAUCUUAGACUUCUACCUUGGACCUUAAAUUGUGAUUAUAAUCUUAGAUUUACAUAUUUAAAGUCAGGCUAAAUUUCUGACUUUUAUCCCAAAAUUCUGAGGUAAAAAUCUGUGAUUUGGCCAGUGAUUCUGACAUAUGAAUAUGGUGCCAGAUUCUUUCAUUUGAGAAAUUCUAGCUCUUUUAUUCGCAUUCUAGAUUUUUAUUUAAGAACUCUGCAUUGACAUCUCAGACGUCCAAUUUUUAUUUCAGAUUUCUGAAUGAAUUCUUAGAUUUAUGACUCUUGAAGCUCUGACUUUGAUACUAGAAUUUGUCUUUAAUCUCAGAACUCGUAUUUGGAAUCAGAAUUCUUACUGUAACCUCAGAAUUCUAACUUUCAAUCGUAGAAUUGUGAUCCUGGUACCUAAAUUUUGACUUUAAUCUUAAAAGUUAACUGUAUGUCAGCAAUUUACCCAGUCUACACAUUUAGAGUUUGGACAGUUGUAUUCAGCCCGUACCAACGUUUUUGUCCGUCUCUGAACUCCACCCCUCUACUGGAAAAGGAAAAAAUGUUUUGUCUUUAUUAUUUUUGACUCAGGUGCUAAUCGAAGGAUGCAAGUGUGUCGUUGUGUUUCACAGUGAUGCUGCAGCUCCCCUUUUCUCUGUUUUCAGCAAAAGCGCAUGGCUGAAUUCAAUUUUGCCAAAUAUGAAACAUUUAUUUGUUUGUUUGUUUGUUUUUGUUGAUAUUUCAAUGCCUAAACCUUUGCUGUUUUUGUUAUGUGUUGAACAAAAGAGUGAAAAGUGUCUGCGUGAAUAAAAUGGUAUACUGAAACGUUAUUACUGC